AGCAGUUCUGGGGGGUUUCUGCAAUGAGGUAACGCUUGCAAGGGAGGGAGCGGAUCACGAGACACCCGCCCCCGUCUCUCCCUCACCCCUAGCCCACCAUCCCCGGGGCCUCACGUUCCAUUCAUCACUCACUUCCAUAUCCGUUUUAAAGUGGAUUCAUCUCACUGACGAGGGAUGAAGAGGAGGGGUUUUCAAUCUGAGUGUCCUCAAAGCCAACCUCCCGGUACCCGUCCCCGGUCUGUCCAUGUUUAGUGCGUCCUCACAAGGGGGGGGGCGUUCACUUCCAUAGGAAAGAUCUGCCGGACUUUAACCACCGCAGACUGGGAUCUUCUCAAUCGCAGGAUGUUGAGCAUCCAGACCUGGUUCCUGCUCCUGGUUCUCUGUCUCGGAGGCUCGGAAGCCUGGUUUUGGUUCUCCGGACCAGAGCCCACAAGUGAAGCCCCGACGGGUGCCACCCCAACACCCAAUGGCACCAAGAGAGUGGAAGAGGAGGAUGACAACUUGUCAGGGGUUGGAGAAGAGAUUCUCAACGUGGCCACCGGAAUCCGUAAGUUGGUGGACACGUGGGACACGACCGCCGCCCCCGGGACUACUAAUGGAUCGCUGAAGAUGGAGGGCGCGAACCCUAACACGACGGGUAAUAAUGACGGGGUCAGAACGGGGGCGGUUGAGGAAGGGUCCGGGGCGUGGGAAGGGGAUUCGUCCGGAUCAGGAUCAGGAUCGGGGUCCGACAUCCAGCCGAGCAACGUAACGGACGCCAAAAACGGGACUCGGGAUGCUCCCCCUCAUCCCCGUUGCCUCCCCGUGCCCUCUGAUUGGCCCAUGUGCUCCAGAAAGCGCCCCCGGUUUUUCACCAUCCCCAACUUUUUCAACCACUCGUCCGUGGAACGGGUCACGGCGGCCCUGCAGGAGUGGCGGCGUCUGACCACGGCGGGGUGUCACCACAGCGCAGAGUGGUUUGUGUGCCUCCUGCUGGCGCCCGGGUGCCCCUCCAACGCCAGCGCACCCCUGCGCCUGCCCUGUCGCAGCUUCUGCCGCGAAGUGCAGGACAGCUGCCGGGUGUCGCUGAUAAGCGGGCGGCUUCCCGUGGAUUGCGGACUCCUUCCUGUGGAGGCGGAGGAGCCCGGCCGUCCUUCCUGUGUGUCUGUCAGUAACUGGAAAGAGCAAAGCAGUUUGUCUCUGCCUCAGCUAAUCGGAGAGCCGCCGCCCAAUGAGAUCCGUCGCGUCAGCGGGCCCGGCGGGACCCCGGCCUACGUCUUCACCGCCACGGCCGCGGCGGGCCAGCCGGCUCUGGCCCACGUGCCCAACCCCUUCUACCGCCACUUCUCCCUUCUCUUCCACAUCAAGCCGACCUCUCCGGCCGCCUCCGUCCUCUUCGCCAUCACCGACGGGCCGCAGAAGCUCAUGCACGUCGCCGUCAAGCUCAGCGCCGUGCGGUCGGGCCGGCAGAGGGUUCUGUUCUUCUACACCGAGCCCGAUUCGGAGGCGUCGUACGAGGCGGCGAGCUUCGAGGUGCCGAGCCUGGUGGACAAAUGGACUCGUUUCUCUCUCUCGCUCUUUGAGGAGCAGGUGACCUUCUACCAGGGGUGCGAGUCGGCACCGAGGGUGGUCAAGUUUGAGCGCUCGCCGGACCCCAUGGACCUUGACUCGGCGGCCGGGAUCUUUGUCGCUCAGGCCGGAGGAGCUGACCCUGACAAGUUCCAGGGUGAGAUUGCCGAGCUGAAGUUGGUGGGGAACUCUCACGCAGCCGAGCGGCUGUGCGACGACUCGGACGACGACUCGGACGCCGCCUCGGGUGACUUUGGCAGCGGUGAAGACGGCAGGAGGCAACCAGACGUCUCAGUGAAGACCACACCUGCAUCGUUCAGGCCGGUGCCGGAGCCGCCACUGAUAGCUUCCAAAGGGGGCAGACUGAAGGAAACGGGAUUAAUUGGCCCUAAAGGACAUAAAGGUGACAGAGGACAGAAAGGCACCCGAGGGGACAGAGGCCCCACGGGGCCAAAGGGAGACCCUGGUUCCAGAUUCGAAGGCGGGGGUGGAGGGCAGAAGGGAGAAAAAGGAGAUAAGGGUAGUACUGAUUUUGGAAGUAAAGGAGAACGUGGGGAUCAGGGCCCCCCAGGGCCUCCCGGGCCUCCAGGACGUGCUGCUGAGGUAGUCCACAUUGGGGAUGGUUCUUUUGUGCAGCAGGUCCCCGGACCCCCUGGACCUCCAGGGAGAGACGGGUUGCCAGGUCCAAAAGGAGAUGAUGGAGACCCUGGAAAUCCGGGAGAAGAUGGAAAAAGCGGUCCUGAAGGACCUCCAGGUUUCCCAGGAACUCCAGGAAGUCCUGGAUCUAAAGGCCAAAAGGGGGAGCGAGGCGAAGGACAACCUGGACCCAGAGGUCCCCCAGGACCUCCUGGACCAGGAGCUGGAAGUCGCCCGACAUUUGUUGACAUGGAGGGCUCAGGAUUCCCGGACUGGGACAAGAUUCGGGAACUUCGUGGUCCUCCAGGACCCCCAGGCCCUCCUGGUCCACCUGGGGUUCCCGGUACUUCAGUUGCACUGGGUUCAAAUGGCGCGGUGGCCUUUGGACCUCCUGGACCGCCUGGAAAGGAUGGAGUCUCAGGUCUACCAGGGCCUCCUGGACUUCCUGGUCUACCGGGUCAACCUGGACUCAGAGGAGCAAAGGGUGACUCUGCCGAGUCCAGCUUUGGAGGAGGAACUGGAGAGAAGGGUUCUCGUGGUGACACCGGACUGCCAGGAGCGCCAGGACAAACCGGGCUGGCUGGGCUUCCGGGUCCCGUGGGACCAAGUGGGCCUCCAGGACCCCCUGGACCACCUGGACCACCAUACCCCUUUGGCUUUGAUGACCGGGAUGGCUUUGACGGAAUCAGCAGUUUUCCGGGCUCUAGUGGCCCACCAGGACCUCAGGGUCCUCCGGGUAUUCCAGGUCUACCGGGAAGACCAGGUUUACCCGGAAGCAACGGCGACAAAGGAGCAGAAGGACCAAGAGGACCAUCGGGAAUCCCAGGUCUGGAUGGGUUUCCAGGACAGACGGGGCAGAAGGGGGACAGAGGAGAAAAGGGAGAACAAGGCCUUCCAGGGCGCGAUGGUGGAGCACCCGGACCUCCAGGGCCGCCGGGACCUCCAGGCCGGAUCAUAUACCCGACAGAAAGCGAUACCGGGGCAGGAAUUCCGGGCCGAGCCGGAUUCCCGGGACCUAUGGGACCGAAAGGGGAACCGGGCGACAUUGGCCUUCCAGGUUUUGGCCACAAGGGAGAGAAAGGAGAACCUGGUCUCAUCAUGGGUCCCGAUGGGCGGCCAUUGUACCUGGGGGGCUUGGCAGGAAAACCAGGCGAUGUUGGACCUCCUGGCCCAGUUGGACCUCCAGGCGCUUAUGGUCCUACUGGUCAAAAAGGAGAAAUUGGCUUUCCAGGUCGACCAGGUCGACCUGGAUUGAACGGCAUCAAAGGUCAAAAGGGAGAAUCCGGGAGCGGGUCUGGGUACUAUGGUCCCCCAGGUCCACCUGGCCCACCUGGACCCCCUGGACCACCAUCCAGAGGAUUUGAAGACUAUUCCAGGUAUUAUCCAGCCGCCAAAGGAGAGAAAGGUGACCGUGGAACGCCAGGUAUCGGGUCAAACUUUGACAUUCACGCUUUGAAGCACGAGUUGAAAGGCGAAACAGGAGAUCCGGGCUUGAAAGGAGAGAAAGGAGAACCAGGCGGAGGAUAUUACGAUCAACGAUACGGAGGAAGUGGAACACCAGGAAUCCCUGGACCGCCGGGCCCGCAAGGGGACUCCAUUGUCGGGCCUCCAGGUCCACAGGGACCACCUGGUUCUCCAGGAAGAGGCUAUGAUGGUCAACCUGGACCACCGGGGCCACCCGGACCUCCGGGACCUUCCUUCAAUGGGCCUCACAGGGGCACACAAACCAUUAGUAUUCCUGGGCCACCCGGACCACCUGGAAUACCUGGAUUACCCGGACACUCUUCAGGGGUGACCGUGUUGCAGUCAUAUGACAUCAUGACCGCCACGGCAAGAAGACAACCCGAGGGGUCGCUGGUUUAUGUCAUCGAACAGACAGAUCUUUACCUACGAGUCCGAGAUGGGGUUCGGCAAGUCCACCUCGGGGGCUACAUUCCACUUCCACGUGACGACGGCAAUGAGGUUGCAGCGGUGGAGCCCCCACCGGUUGUUCCGUAUUCCCCCCACCACCAUUCCAACGACUCCCACAGGCAUGCGGAGAGUCCGGUACCGGUUCACCCGGACCGGUCUUCCCAGCCUGACCCACAUCACUCCAACCCGCUGCGCCCUCCGUACCAAACAAACCCCGACAUCCGAGAUCCAAAUCUUCAUCAUCACGGAUACCAUCCCGACACCCGGUACCCAUAUCAGCCGGAUCCACGAUACCCAGCCCCAACUGACCCCAGAUACCCCAGUUACACAGAACGGGUGAACCACCCAGACGGUCGGAAUCCACACCAUUCAUCUCAUGACCGCCCACCGUACUACGCCGUCACCCCUCAGCGAAGGCCCCCUCCACCUGUGGCCCAGACUCCGGCCCACCGUCACACAUCGGGUCCAGGGCUCCACAUCAUGGCCUUGAACCUGCCCCAGACUGGAGCCAUGCGGGGCAUCCGGGGUGCCGACUUCCUGUGCUUCACCCAGGCUCAAGCCAUCGGGAUGAAGGGAACAUUCCGGGCCUUCUUGUCCUCAAAACUCCAGGAUCUCCACAGCAUUGUCCGCAAAGCAGACAGAGACCGUGUGCCCAUCGUCAACCUGAAGGAUGAGAUUCUGUUUGACAACUGGGACGCCAUGUUUAGAGGAGACACAAUCAAAGAGAACGUCUCAAUCUACUCCUUCAAUGGUAAAGAUGUUCUACGUGACAACACAUGGCCUGAGAAGAUGAUAUGGCACGGCUCCAGCAGCAACGGGCAGCGGCACGUCGACAGCUACUGUGAGACGUGGCGCGUGAGCAGCCAUGCGCUCACCGGCACGGCGUCCUCGCUGCAGAGCGGCAAUCUGCUGCAGCAGAGCUCCAGCAGCUGCUCCAGCUCCUACGCCGUGCUGUGCGUGGAGAACAGCUACAUUGGCCAGACCAGGAGAUAAACACACAUACACCGUACCCUGAGGAACUCCAUUUUCAUUUCGAUUUCUCAUAUUUUUACCCUAUCGUAACCGAAAAUGGUCUGGCGGAAGGACAAAAGACCACAAAUUCCCUUAUUUUCCCUCACUUUUCUUUAUUUUUCCUGGGAAUUUUCCCUUCUUUUCAAAUGCAGAUGUUGAAAAGUAAGACGCACGCACAUGUACAAGAGAACCCUGCUUUGGAUUGUAACUAUUGUUAUUGUAAGUGUUAUUUAGUGGUGCUACACAACAUUAUCACACAAUAUGUGAAACAACAGCGUCUGAGAAGCUAUACUGGAGGCUGCUUUGAAUUUUGAAGUGGACUGCCGUCUUAUGACAGCGGACAGAUGUGAACAUAUCUCAGCUCCAAUGAACAUAACAAAUGCUAACUGUUGAUUUUUUUUUGGCAAUAACACGGAUAUUUUGUGUGUGUGUGUGUGUUUUUAAUAAGCGUGAUAUUAUUUUUAAACCUUUAUCUGAUGCCUUGUCUGAGUUUUUACAAGCAAAUUCCAAAUUCGACUCAUGUUGACACAUUUUUAGAUUGACUUAAUGCACACAAGUUGAGUAAUGGUAAUGGUAAAAAUUCAUUUGAACAUGCAUCAGAUUACAAUUGAAUGCAUCCCAUAAUCAGUUCCCAGUUCCACAUGUCCAAAAGGAGUAGGAAGAAGCAAAGCUUAUUAAAUCCUAUCCCUCCAUCUGGUACUUUUACAAUCAGUAACUGUUACAUUUGUUCACUUCCUGCUUUCCUAAUUAAUUUUAAUUUUAAUUUUAAUUUUAAUUUUAAUUUUAAUUUUAAUUUUAAUUUUAAUUUUAAUUUUAAUUUUAAUUUUAAUUUUAAUUUUAAUUUUAAUUUUAAUUUUAAUUUUAAAAAAUACCAAAAAACUGGACCAAGUAAAAAGGCAAAAAACAUAUCACUUCCAUACGGAUAUGGAAUAUUAUACGGAAAUUAUGAUACGGAUAUUAUCCAUGACUGAUAAACAUUUGGAAGUGUGCUUGAGGCUGGCUAUCAGCAGCUACUGUCCGGACUAUGCAUCCCUGGCUGGUUCAAUUCAGUGCAAGUCAUCAAAGUAAACUCAGGUAAUUACAAAAAAUGUUAAUAGUUAAUUAUGUGUGUUUUGCAAUAUUGGCUCAUUUGGUUAUGUAAGGUACAUCAACAUACAUUGUACGUACAAAUAAUCCUCAAUACAUUUGAAAAUAAAUAGAUGUUUUGCAUUUUUGUAGUGGGUAGAUCAUUUUGACUCGGUCAUUUUAAAAGUAGCUCGCAUGCUGAAAAAGUGUGAGCACCCCUGCUCUAGAUCAACCAGAA